GCAGCGGCUUCGGCAGCGGCGGCGGCGGCGGCCCGAGCCGAUGCAGCGGGACGCACCACCUCGAGCCCCAGCCCCGGCGCCCCGGCUCCCCGCGCCCCCGAUCGGGGCCACCGCCGGCGCCGGCGGCGGCGGAGGCGGGGGCAGCGGCGGUGGCGGAGGCGCCUCUGCAGCUUCGGCUCCUCCUGGCCUCUCGGGAACUACAAGUCCCAGGGGGCCUGGCGGCGGGCGGCGGGCGGAAGAGGCGGGGUCGGCGCCUCGAGGCCGGAAGUGGCCGUGGAGGCGGAAGUGGCGCGGCCGCGGAGGGGCCUGGAGCACGGCGGCGGGACCCGGAGCGGGAGCGGCGGCGGCAGCGGCGGCGGCGGCGGUGGUGGCUGGAGGCGGCGGCGGCGGCGCACUGGAGUCAGCCAUGGCAAAGCAGUACGACUCGGUGGAGUGCCCUUUUUGUGAUGAGGUGACCAAAUAUGAGAAGCUCGCUAAAAUCGGCCAAGGCACCUUCGGGGAGGUGUUUAAGGCAAAGCACCGCAAGACCGGCCAAAAGGUGGCCCUGAAGAAGGUACUGAUGGAGAACGAGAAAGAGGGGUUCCCCAUUACAGCAUUGCGGGAGAUCAAGAUCCUCCAGCUUCUAAAACACGAGAAUGUGGUCAACUUGAUUGAGAUCUGUCGAACCAAAGCUUCCCCCUAUAACCGCUGCAAAGGCAGUAUAUACCUGGUGUUUGACUUCUGCGAGCAUGAUCUUGCUGGGCUGCUGAGCAACGUCUUAGUCAAGUUCACACUAUCUGAGAUCAAGAGGGUCAUGCAGAUGUUGCUUAACGGCCUCUACUACAUCCACAGGAACAAGAUCCUGCACCGGGACAUGAAGGCGGCUAACGUGCUCAUCACCCGCGAUGGGGUUCUGAAGCUGGCGGACUUUGGGUUGGCCCGGGCCUUCAGCCUGGCCAAGAACAGCCAGCCCAACCGCUACACCAACCGUGUGGUGACCCUCUGGUACCGGCCCCCAGAGCUGUUGCUCGGGGAGCGGGACUACGGCCCCCCCAUUGAUCUGUGGGGUGCUGGGUGCAUCAUGGCGGAGAUGUGGACCCGCAGCCCCAUCAUGCAGGGCAACACGGAGCAGCACCAGCUCGCCCUCAUCAGCCAGCUCUGCGGCUCCAUCACCCCUGAGGUGUGGCCAAAUGUGGACAAGUACGAGCUGUUUGAGAAAGUGGAGCUGGUCAAGGGCCAGAAGCGGAAGGUGAAGGACAGGCUGAAGGCCUACGUGCGAGACCCCUACGCGCUGGACCUCAUCGACAAGCUGCUGGUGCUGGACCCUGCCCAGCGCAUCGACAGUGACGACGCCCUCAACCACGACUUCUUCUGGUCCGACCCCAUGCCCUCGGACCUCAAGGGCAUGCUGUCCACCCACCUGACAUCCAUGUUCGAGUACCUGGCACCUCCACGCCGGAAGGGCAGCCAGAUCACCCAGCAGUCAACCAACCAGAGCCGGAAUCCUGCCACCACCAACCAGACGGAGUUUGAGCGCGUCUUCUGAGGGCUGGCUGCUAUUGCUUCUCGUUAGGGUUGUGGUUUUGGUUUUUUUUCUUCUGCUCUGUGACUUGCAGCGUGGAGAUUAUGGGGCAUGUGAGUUUUUCUCUAGCGCAUAUCUUAUUUAAUCCGCACCCUGGGCGUCGGGCACCAACCGAGCAGACUGGAGUAAAACUUUGGCGGAGAGUCCAGGAAGGCACCUGAGCUGCCCACCUUGUUCCCUGGCUUUGGCGGUGAUGCCCAGAGGGCCUCCCUUUACCUUAGGGCAGGACUGGGGUGGGGGGAGAGGCAUGCCCCCCCGGUGACUCUGAGAGACCCCAGCAUGCUGGGAGGAGGGGACUGGUCCCUCACCCACCCCGACCCUCCCUUUGGGAUGAGAAACUUCUGUGGGGCACAGAACCAGCCUCAGGAAUGGGAACGGGCUGCUCUCAGCCUAGCCCUCAGAAUCUCUGGGGCCGACGGAAGCUAUUGGUUUCUUUGAUAGGACAGUUUUAUCGUGUUGAUUUUGUUUGAUUGUUCAGAGACAUUCCUGGGUACAGGCUGGUCAGUUACAAUUAAAGUUGACUCUUUUUCAGUAAA